AUGGUAACAGAAUGCUUAGUUCAAAGAAUCUGGAUUGAUCCAGGAAGUAGUGCGAAUGUCAUGACACAAAUAACGUUUGAUUGGCUCAAAAUUGCACCAGAAAAGCUCAAACCUACGGGAAAUCCACUAUUAGAUUUUGAUGGGAAGUGGGUUGAGCCUAUCGGUAUAGUCGAACUGCCAGUACUUGCUGAUAAAAGAGAGUUGAUGGAAAGCUUUGUGGUCGUAGCGAUUCACCCAUCUUAUAAUCUCUUGAUGGGAAGAGGGUGGAUUCACAGAGUCCAAGGCGUCCCCUCAACUUUACACCAAAUAAUGAGUUGCUUAAGUCUAGACAGAAGCAGAGUGAUUGAUAUCUAUGGAGACCAAGUAGCAGCCAAAGAGUGCUACUCUGUAACUCUGAAGGCCGACGGGAAAGGAAAAAGGCCUGUUUGGUCUGACAUCCUGAGAUAG